AUGCGUAUGAAAACGAACUCAAAAACGUGUCCCUCCGCUCAAAAAGGCAUCAAAUCUCUUGCCUUAAGAGAUGAAGCCCUGUUUUUAACGAAUUUGAAUAUUUACUUACAUGCUUAUUUAGAAAGUACAAUAAUUCAACUACUUCAAAGGUUCUAUGAUCCCCAGCAGGGUAAGAUUUUGCUUGACGGUCGUGACAUUCGUACACUGAAUGUUGCUUGGCUGCGGGCACAUGUCGGCACCGUUUCACAAGAACCUGUUCUGUUUACUGGAUCAAUUGAAGAAAACAUUAGGUUUGGAAAGAUGGAUGCUUCGGAUAAUGAAGUCAUUGCAGCAGCAAAAAUGGCCAAUGCUCAUGACUUUAUAAUGGAGUUACCUGAAAAUUACAAGACAACAUCCAGUGACAAGCUAUCAGGUGGACAAAAACAGCGAGAUAAUACCAGUGAAAGAAUCGUACAAAAUGCGCUUGAGAAAGCUAAACUAGGCCGAACAACAAUUAUUGUAGCGCAUCGCUUAUCGACGAUACGAAAUGUUGAUCUUAUUAUAACUGUGACAAAUGGACGUGUUAAAGAGUAUGGCACACAUAACGAAUUAAUGCAAAAAAAAGGACUUUAUUAUGAACUUGUAACAGCACAACAACAAAGUGAAAUUGACAAAAAAGAUGAAGAUAAUGACAGCGAAAAAGAUCCUGAAGAAGAAGAACGAAUGAUUCGACGAGCAUCUGUUCAUCCUCGGCAGCAAAAAUCAAUUGUUUCAUUAGGCACUCAUGCUGAAGACAAUGAUAAUGAAUGGUUCGAUGACACAGGAAAAAAGAGCACAUUCUCUCAUAAGCCAUUUCUAUUGAAAAUUCUCAAGUUUAAUGCUACUGAAUGGUACUAUAUCGUGAUUGGUGCCACGGUGUCAUUGAUAUACGGAGCAAUCCUACCCGCUUUCGCUUUAAUAUUUUCACAAAUUAUUAAAUUAUUCACUGAACCGAAUUUACAUAGACAAGUGCAUGAUGCGCGCAUUUAUACAGUUUUGAUUUUUUUCACUGGUUUUAUUGGAGCGGUUUGUAUGUUUGUAAGCAGUAUAAUGUUCGCAAAGAGUGGUGAAGCAUUGACCAUGAGAAUGAGAAAACUAACAUUUUCAGCUAUACUUCGCCAAGAAAUUGGAUGGUUUGACAUCGAUGUAAAUAGUGUAGGUGCAUUAGUCACGCGAUUGCAAUCUGAUGCAAGUGCAUUGAAGGCAUCUUUAGAAAACAUACGAACAGUUGUAGCCCUAAAUCAGGAAGAAUAUUUUAUCACCAAAUAUCAAAAUGCUGUUGAUCAAGAAUUUCGCAUAUUUCUUGUUGUACUCUAUGCUGCUCAGUCGGUUGCACGAAGCAUUGGAAUGGCUCCAGACUAUUCCAAGGGUAAAGCUGCAGCUCUAAGAAUAAUGGAAUUGAAUAAACGAGAGUCAGCGAUUGAUCCAAAUGAUGAUAAUGGAAUUACACUAGCAAAAGUGCAUGGAAAUCUUGAAUUCAAAGACGUUGAAUUUCGUUAUCCAGCAAGACCGAAACUUCGAAUUUUAAAGCACUUUUCACUUGGUUGUGCGAUGAAUGGCACUACAGCACUUGUUGGCCCGUCUGGGAAUGGAAAGAGUACAUGUGUAGCUCUUAUUGAGAGGUUUUAUGAUUCAACCAGCGGCUCUAUCAUGUUAGAUGGUCAUGAUAUCAAAAGCCUGAAUCUUCGUUGGUUUCGCUCAAUAAUCGGUUUAGUUCAACAAGAACCAGUUUUGUUUAAUUUUUCAAUUCGAGAAAAUAUUGCUUAUGGAAGCUGUCAGAAAGCAGUGACUCAAGAAGAAAUUGAAGCAGCUGCCAAAAUGUCAAAUAUUUAUGAUUUCAUCAAAUCUUUACCACAAGGCUAUGACACUAUCUGUGGAGCACGAGGAAACCAAAUGAGUGGAGGCCAGAAGCAAAGAAUUGCAAUCGCAAGAGCUCUUGUGAGAAAUCCAAAAAUUCUUCUGAUGGAUGAGGCUACUGCUGCGCUGGACAAUAAAAGCGAAAAAAUUGUUCAACAAGCGCUUGAACAAGCUCAAACAGGAAGAACAUGUUUAUCGAUCGCCCAUCGUUUGAGCACGAUUCGAAAUAGUGAAAAAAUUGCCGUUGUUGUUCAUGGUAGAGUUAGCGAAGAGGGUACGCAUGACGAUCUCAUCCAAAAAGACGGAACAUAUUCAAAGUUAAUAAUGGCACAACAAAGAAUGGCUGAUACGAAACAAUCUGAAGGCCAAUAG